AUGGGCAAGUCCAAGGAGGUGGUUAUGGAAGUCGAGGAUACACUCAGUUCUGAAGGCAGCUUUGCCAGCACUAGGACGAAACAAUGUUGUAGUUCCCAACAGAAUGAGAACAAUCCAGAGGCAAUACAACUGGAUGAUGUGUCAGUAACAGACCACGCCAAGGUUAAAAAGAGUCCUAGCGAGCUCUCUGGUGGCCAUAAUUAUGCUACCAGCAAAAAUGUGGCUGAAGGUCUUAUGGAUAUUGCUCUGCUCUCGGCAAAUGCAAAUCAACUGCGUUUUAUGAUCACCUACAAUCACGAGGCUUCCACCUACUACUACAGUCUUGUCCUGGUCAUACUCUCCCUCGUGCUGCAGGUGCUUGUGGGCAUUGUGCUGAUCUUUAAGCGUCGCCUUAAACGCAGUCGUAGUCCCCACUAUAUGAGGACCAACGAAUUGCUUGUAAUGGGUGUUUUCCUAAUCACUGUGAUUAAUGUACUCCUCGCUGCCUUUACCACAACCGAUGGACACUCGAAUUAGAAUAAAAAUUGUUUAUACUUUUUAAAAUUGAUUUUAAUUGUAUUUUAUAC